AUGAUGGAGGAAAACCGCAGCCUGGGCCAGGUGUUCGCCGCAGUGGGCCACUUCCGCGGCAGCCUGGUCUGCAUCAAGGAAAUCAACCUGGUGUCCGAUUCCCGGCUGGCCAGCAGUGGCCCGCCGCCGCCGCCACCGCCGCCAGUAAGGCCGAGUCGGAGUAGCGGCAAGCCGAGGAGCCACAUGUUGUUCUUGCCGCCGUCACCGCCGCCGCACAGGUUCUUCGCGCACAGGUGCCGCAGCCCGACUGGCGGCCAGUGGCGCCUCUUGCAGCCCAUGGACAGCAUGGCGGCGUCCUCGGGCUUCAACUCCAGACUCGUCAAGAACCUCAACUUCCGGUACUUCCUGGACUCCGACGUGCUGGAGAACGACGACAUCCGGCUCGACAACGUCUUCCUCGCCUCUCUCAUCCAUGAUCUCAUUAAGCGCUCAGCCACCCAAGAAGUCGAUUGGCUGAUACCUGACGUUCCGCAUCGACUAGCUGCCAAUUGGAACAUCAGCGACGAUUAUGCGAGAUAUCGCAAUCUGCUGUGGACAGCUCCGGAAUUGCUGCGAGACGGAGCACCGUUUGGCACGCAAAAGGCUGACGUUUACAGCUUUGGCAUAAUCCUGUACGAGAUGUUCGGACGGAAGGGGCCUUAUGGCACGUGCGAAUUGCCGCCAAGAGGCGAGUUCCUUUUUGUCCCUCUUUGGUCAUUUUCUAUGCGAGGGGUCUCCCGGAAAAAUUCCGCCAUUUUCAUACAAGAAAUAGUGGAACGGGUGCGAGAGGGUCCUUCGAGGGACGCGGACGGGAACCUGGGCCAGCCCUUCCGGCCGGACCUGAAAGCACUUCCGGGAUUCAGUGCGAACGGACAGCUGAUGACGAACCCGUCUCUGUUCCCGAACAUGACAACCCGGGCCGCGUCCAGCUCCAAACUUUACCAGCAGCAGCUCAACAAAGCCGACCCGGACUGUGAACAAAAUCAAGAAUUCAAUGAAUCCAUCAGCAUUCACAAAGUCAAAAAAUUUCCCACAUCCCCCAACACACAUCCAUUCACCCCAAUUGUGAUCAAGGCAAAUGCAACUGGGCGGAAGCGACAUCGGAGUUCCGGUGACACCCGCGACAACAACACCGGCGCGUGCAUGACUUCCCCGCCGUCUGUGGCAACCCUGUCGGCACUGCUGACCUCUGGCGGCGGCGGUGAUAUGCGUGAGCCGACGCCGUCGAUCGGCAAGGAAGGCUCGGCGAUGGACGACUACUUGUGGCUCUGCAUCCGGGACUGCUGGGCCGAGUGUCCCGACGAUCGACCGGAUUUCCGCCAAAUCCGAGCCAGACUCUCGCCCCUGAGAUCCGGAAUGAAAGCAAACAUAGUUGACCAUGCGAUGGACAUGAUGGAAAGAUACACCAAUAAUCUGGAAGAGCUGGUGGACGAGAGAACGCAGCUGCUCAAGGAGGAAAAGCAAAAGACAGAGGCUCUGCUCUACCGAAUGCUUCCACCAGCCGUGGCGCAUCGGUUGGCGCGAGGUGAAGCAGUUUCUCCGGAAUCCUUCGACUCCGUCGUCAAUUUGCUCAACGAACUCUACACCUUGUUCGACGGGAUAAUUCGCGGCUACGACGUGUACAAGGUGGAGACUAUUGGAGACGCUUACAUGGUGGUAUCUGGAUUGCCGCUGAGGAAUGCCAACAAGCACGCCGGGGAAAUCGCGUCCAUGGCUUUGGAAAUUCUCGAAGCCGCCAAGCAGUUUCGUGUUCCCCACAUGCCGACGACCCCAGUCAAGUUGCGCAUUGGUAUUCACACAGGCCCGGUCGUGGCAGGCGUCGUGGGUCUCACCAUGCCUCGCUACUGCCUCUUCGGCGACACCGUCAACACGGCGUCCCGCAUGGAAUCCAACGGCGAACCCUACCGCAUCCACAUCAGCGAGCAGUGCCGAGAGCACCUCGAGCUCAUCGGCGGCUACCUGGUGUCGGACCGCGGCGUGAUCUCAGUCAAGGGCAAAGGCGACGUCCGCACCUACUGGCUCGAAGGCCUCGAGCAACCCUCCCAACCCAACUCAUCCGCAGCAGCAGGAGGAGCAUCAGCACCCGCAGUCAGACAAUCCGCACAACAACAUCAGCAGCAGCAGCAAGACCUGGGCAAACUGCUCAGCACCAGCGCAGUCAGCCUCCGCCGCCGCAGUCCCAAGCUGGCCCGGUGUCCCGCCAACGGCGGCAGCACGCAAUGGCUCAAGACCCGGUUCGCCACAGACGAUCAAGUGUUGCUGCACGUGCCCAACGCAGCCAGGCCCCUGUUGCGGAAGGCGUCCAAGUCGCUGGACCAGUUCCCCGACGACCGACUCCUCAUGAGCACGGCGAUGCGGCCGCCGUCAGAGGCGCACCCGGAAACGUUCCACUUGCUGUACGAAGAACAUUCCAUUUCCGUGCCGGCGCUGAUUGACGAGACGUUCGGCAGCAAACCCGGCAGCGUCGCCGGAGAGCCCAACAACUUCAAGGCCUGGUUGUACAACAAGUUCAAGCGCAUGGUUCCUGCGAACCCGGGCAGCAAUGCGGGCAGUGUCAACAGUGCGACGGAGGCACCUGCUGCUGCUGGCUUUUGACGAUCACGUCAUCAUCAUCAUCCCGGUCCUGCGCGUGAUGGGGGUGGGUUGCCAUACAGAAUCUUAUUGGAAAUGUCCUGUUUCUUUUUUUUUGACAGGGAGAAAAGAGGAAAAAAGUAUAGGUGCUGGUCUUGGAGCGUCAUCUACCGCGAAAAAGUGCAUCUAUGCAUAAGACAAAUUAUUUUUCAACGAACAAUUGUCUCAAAACAUAUCAUCUAGAAGCAAAAAAAUUCUCCAUAUAUACUGCAUUUCUUUGAGUACCAGCACGCACCAUUACAGUUGAAAUUUUUGAUAAAAUUGCACAUCCCAACCAACACGCGCACCCCAUUUUUAGUUACUAAAAACCACAAUAUUAAAAAAAAUAAGAAAACCCUAAAUUUAAUUUAGGCAUGAUUGAACCUGAAUUCAUCGAAUUUUCAAUUCUUUCUAUCAAGAUAAGUUUUCUGCUAAACUAGGUCCAAUAUUUCCGGUCGGAAACAAGUUGUACAAUGCUCACCUGAAUUUUCAGAACUAAAAUUGUAUGUUUGUCUAUGACAUGCACACCCCUUUUUUUCCAAGUUCGAGGGAAAAGGUGGGCGUGGUAAUCAAGUAAAUGCGGUAGUCGAAAUCAUGAACUGCGAUCGUUGAAAUCUCAUCAAAAUUAUAAUUUUAUCCUUUCCAUGAAAUUUCAUCUUUCUAAAACGUGGAACGAUUACUAAAUGAAUGUUCAUCCCAGCUCACUUUACGAAAGCUUACAUACGUAUCCGGACCAAACAUAAAUACGGUCCAAUCUCCCAAAAAAUAUCCUGUAAAUGCCAUUGUCAGGCUCUUCUAUAUGGGAGUGAAUUCCAAGCAAUUUUACGAUGAUAAUCAUUCAAAAUUAAUCAGUUCGGUAUUUGGGCCAAAAUAGUUGCGUUCCUUUUUCAUCAAAAACCGCAAUGAAACGACAUCAAAACUUCGAUUUGAAGACCCGAGUCAAACGUAUUUCCGGUCAGAAAAACGUUAUACGAAUCAGCCAGCUUCCAGCACUUCCUGUGCAAUGCCCGAGUAAAAUUUUGAGGAGCUUUGAAUCUGAGAAGUGUCCUGCUUUAAAUAUGCCCUAUGAAGGAAUCGUUUUCUUUUAUUAUAUGCUCCGUGAAAGAUUAGAAGCUAUGUGUAUGAAGAGAAGGGAUCCAAUUUCCUAAAUGCUUUCUUGAAAAUUCAAAAUGGGAAAUUCAUCAUCUCAAAUGGAAAUUAAGGUUCUGUAACCACUCGCAUAUAUUUAUAUACAGUAUAUUUACAGUAUAUAUUGGCAGCAGGUGCGCAAACGCGGUGCAUGACACUCCAGACCAGCACCAGACUUUUGAGAAACGCGAAGCAAAUGAGUUCAGAGAUCAUCGCUGUGAUUCGAUUGCCAUGUAAAAAAAAACACAAAACUUAUUGAUUAUGCACACCAUUUUGCAAAACCUUUUUGGCAAGCUGGCGUGAUGAACGUGCAACAGAAACGUGUGUCAGCUCCUGAAAAAUUAGUGCCCGGAUUACGGAAACGUAAACUUUCAAUCAAAAGCUUCAAUCCAACUCGCUCAAUAACAGCAGCUGUGAAAUUCCAUGAACCCCAUUAUUGUAUCUCAAUAUACGUCAUGUCCCCCUUUUACAAACAUCGCAAUUAAGAAAAAAAAAAGGCUGGACGCAAUUCGGUGCCUAUUCCGUGUUGUCAAGUCAAUUUCGUGCACCCGAAACUUUUUUCACUCCUUUUAAAUGUUCCACGAAGAUAGGAAAUGGGGAAGAUCACGUUCUGACGGAAAAAAAAAACUGUAUUUAAUGGCGGAGUCAUUCAUUCGUUUGGGUUCUAACAGCAUUGAUUUAAAAGUUUUCUGUGGUUUCAAAUGUCCUCGAAGAAUAUCAAAAUCGGAAAAUAGCGAUGAAGUCUUACAUUUAUCAAGCAUUACUCUUCUUUAGUUUUAUUAAAAAAAAAUAAAAAAAAACUUCCGUGAGACGAGCAAUGAUAGAUUUAAAAAAAAGCGGCAACAGCCGUUAUUCCUUAUUGAUGACUAAGUUGUUGAAGAAAAGAUGCCAUGUAAAUUUGAAAUACUGUACUGUCUAUUAAAUACUGGCAAAAGAAAACUAUAAAAUCAGUACCAUAUCAUAGUCAAGCGUUAAAUGACGAAUACAGUAUUUUUUACUUAUUUUUGUUUUAUUGGGGGACCGAGAAAUUCGGGCAACUCAUAACAGAUAGGGAAACACGAAUUAAGAUCGAAUGACAAAUCUUACGUCUUCUUUCAGAGAAUCUCUCGCAUUUCUCCUCGUUUUUUUCUUCAUUCCAGCAAGUGUUUUAUUUUUUUUAAAUCAUCUCGCGUAAAUUUGGCCUUAUACGUUCUCGAGGAGCAAUUCAUUAAAUGAACUUAUUCCAACGUCUCAAAAAGAAUUCGUUGGGGAAACGAAGAAGGAAUCAAGAAUGUCUUUCACUACCAGACGAACAAAAAAACAAACAAAACCGGUGGAAUAAUUGAAAGAAUCAAACACAAGUGUUUUGGCAUCAAGCAACGCAUUAAUCUUCCUUGCGUAAACCGAAUUCGAGAACAAGUGCAAACAGUUUUUUAUACCUCGGAAAACAGGUGCUCCAACAGACAGAAUGAAAAAGCAAACCGAUGACGGGAAGAUGCUUUUUUUUUGCAAUGUCAAUGUUCUGGAAUUUCACACAUUCGAAUUGUUACGAGAUGAAAAGAAGAACGUUAUUUUUUACGUGUUCCGAUGAACGUAUUGAAUGUGCGUGCGUGCUGGAAGUCGUUUGAUAUGAAAAGAAAAGCAGAUCUUUUGCCCACUUCA